GCAGAUCCAAAGCAUGUUUAACAACAAGAAAUCGGAUCGGUGACCAUGAUUCCGAUCUACAUCGGGAGAAUCACGAUCCGAUUCUUGAAACCCUGCUUACAAUGCCUAAACCCCAAUCAGGAGCAACACCUUACCACCUCACAGCUAAAUUUGAAGGUGGUUUUACUGCUCUCUCUCUCUUUCUCUCACUAAAUUCCACAGAUGAGAAGAUAAAACUCAUUGUCCUUCUAUUUAAUCGCCGACUUUAUUGAACUUUCUGGUUUCAGAAUCUUUUACAAACCCCUAACCCCUCGAAGACGUUCUGUAGUGGGCGUAGUGGUUACGAAAUGCUUCUCUUUCUGCUUCGAGACCCUUGACCUCUUGGGGACCAUCGUUUUGCAUCAUAAGAGAGAGGGCUUCAUUUUCUAAGUAUUUCUCUUUCUUUUUUUCCUUCGGAGUUCUAAUGGGCACUCAGCAAAUGAAAAUCUAGUGAUGGGUUUCUCGAUUUCUUAGCAUCAAAAUGCUUUCUGUAAGGGAUUUUUGGAGAAGACAUCGUAGGAAGCUUUUUGUUACAGUGGGAGUUCUGGGGAGUGGAUAUGUUUUGUAUAAGCUAUAUCAUGCUCAUCAGCAGAGGCUCUCUGAUUUAGAGAGAGAAAUUGAAGGCGAGCGGGCAACUGAUGAACUCAUUAAAGCCCAACUGCAAGCCCAUUUUGAGAACAUUCAAAGAAUAGCUGAUUCGACAACGUUGCCUUAUUCAAUUCACUAUUUGCAAAGUCGGAUCUCAGAGGAGUUGGACCUUUCACACUUGACUGCAAGGCUCUCGCAGGGGAAGGGUCAGCCCAACACCCUCACCUCUUUGGAGAAACUCCAGCUAUGGGAAAAACUCAAAAUUCUAAGUUUCACGAGAAUGAUAUCAUCAUUGUGGGCAAUGACAAUGCUUAGCUUAUAUAUAAGAGUACAGGUCAACAUUUUAGGCAGACAUCUAUACAUUGAUACAGCCCGGGGUCUGGAAGGCUCUCAUCUAUUGGAACAAUCGGACCCAUUUGACAGGCAGAGUCAACAAGAGUUUUUAGCAACUGCUGAUUACCUUUCCAGCUAUGGCAUGAUCACGUUGAUUUCAGACAUGCAGAUGGCUGUAUCGGAAGUUCUCAAGGGAAAACAGCUGAGGGAUCUGUUCAAUACUUCCCUACUUCAUGAAACCAUUGUGCUUAUACUCGAUACUUUCAUGAGUCUGGGGGGUCCUAAUCACUGGGUGAUGUACUUGAUGCCGGAAAAUGCUAUAGCAUACAAAUAUCAAAUGGCAACAUCGUCCAGUGCGCUCCUUCCUGAUGUUACCAAGCUCGAUCAACUCAUGGUGGAGACACGCAGUGUCCUUUUGAGUGAUGAUUUUAGAAAUGUUGUCAAUAUAUCAUUGAGAACUGUGGUGGAUGCACUGAUGGAUGACUUUGCGUUACAAUCAGGGGGCAAUCCUUCAAUAGGAACUCCCCUGGCCAAGCUGUUGCCAAGAGUUGCACAGAUGGGUCCUUUUUUGCUUGAGGAACCUGGUGGUAAUAAGUUUAUCCAGAUCAUCCGAAGGUUGCCGGAAGUUGAACUUUUCUAUACUCUUCUUUAUGCAAAUAUGCCACCCCCAGAGAUGAGCCAAGAAGCCGAUAGAAGUUUCAAUUAGACAUCAACUUUUUCUGGGGAAUGAACCCAAACAUGUGGAAUUUCAAGGUUCCUACAAUUUGGAAAGAAAAUAAAUAGAAUGAUGGAUGUUGCUUUGUGCAAAUUGUAGCUUCCUUAGAGUUUGUUGAUCAAUCAGGCUGUUAAAUACAAGUUCCUUUAAAACACAGAAAACAUCAGUCCUGCUGGCCACACGCGCACACACACACAGAGAAAACGCUAUCCUAUUGAAUGAUCACAUUGAAUUUCUCAGAUUGAUAGGAUUGUCAUUGUUUGAACAAUGUCAGUAUUUGAUGGGUCAUAAGAUAGAUUGGAAGUUUCUGGGACCGAUUCAUGGCGACUACACACACGAGAAGGAGUAAUAAGACGGCAGCACAGCAUGGUGUUACUAGUUGAUUUCUGGAAGUGAUCCUCAUCUACCAUGUGAUUGUGGAGUCAAUUAGCAAACUCUGUCGAAGAUUGGAAGGAGCAUUAAGGGCAUCUAUCCAGAACAGAUGAUUCUUCAGUUCCAAGGCAUGAGGGUAUAUCACUGCAAAACUCAAUUGCUGCAUCAUCAGAUCAAAUACAUAUAUGAUUCCCUUACCAUUUCAUUUGUUCAUGAACCAGUAAGCCAGUAAUAGAUAAAUACAUCUUAUUGAAGAAGAGAAGCAGUGAAAAGGGAAAUGUGCAUUUGGUUUUUUUUUUUUUCCUUUCUUUUUUCUGUGGGGUGAACUUUUGUUCUUGAUGGUUACCUUAAUCAAAUUGAAUGUUUUUUUUUU